UCCAUUCCUGCUUCUGGCUAUCUCCCAUACAUCCUCUCUCGCUCGCUCGCGUCUUCCCUCUCGUGUCCUCAGAGUCCCCCCCUCUGUGAUGGCGUGCGUGUCUACUGCUGCAGCGGCGACCGGGGCCUAGCCGACGGCCUUGCCCCUGUCUAUCAUAACCUGGCGCUUACAAGAAGUAUUACUACCGAACGCUGAGGGUUGGCGCGAGAUCUGCACGGGAGAACCUGCCUACUCCCUGCCUGCGAUUUAGAAUUAUGAGCAGUUCAGCAUCCUCCCUUGCUCGCAUUUGCACGUCCAUCUCCCUUCAGCUCUCGUGAGACUGAGGAAUGAAAAUCUGCAAUCAUGAUGGAAGGACUGAAAAAGCGCACCAGGAAGGCAUUUGGUUUCAGGAAGAAAGAGAGAGACAAUGACUCAACGGGCUCACCUGACAAAGAGAAAUCUAAAAAGACCAACGGAGCUCCGAACGGAUUCUAUGGCGAGAUUGAUUGGGAUCGCUAUACCUCCCCUGAUGUGGAUGAUGAAGGAUUCAGCAUCAGACCAGGGGACCAAUCAGAAGAUAUCCUUUUUAAUUGUGCUUUUGCUACGCUGGAUACUCGCAGGACAGUUGUCUUUGUUUGUGCUUGGCUUAAUGGGAACUGGAAAAAAAAGAGUUCUCUCUCUCUCUCUCUCUCUCUCUCUCUCUCUCAUAAUUCUUUAUAUGCCGUGUAUGUUGGUGUAUAUACAGAUCCCAGUAACCUCCUUGACCAAUCCACACGUGCUCUUAAAGCCAAGGCCGUCUCCUCCAGUGAGUCUGAGGGGGAGGAGGACCACCUGAAGAAGUUUAAGAUCAGGAUCAAGCCCCUGCCCUCCGACAGCUCCAGCUGCUCCGUGCCCACCAUGGAUGAGCUAAAGGCUUCGGUGGGCACCUUGGCAAUCUCACCCUCACCCCUGGGUCAAAUGAGAAGAAAUGUCUCAUGCGAAGAGAUAGCCAGACCCAGACGCUCCACACCCACACCUACGCCGGGUCCUGAACCAGACACACCCAGCAAAAGAUCAUCAGAGAAUACCAAUGCUUUCUUCGGUCCACCAUUGGAAGCCAGCUUUGACACUUUUGAAGCACAGCACUUGGAAGUGUUCACUGUGGAGCCAGACUUCUGGUGUCAGACAAGAAUUCAACCACCCUCACCGUUGGCCAGACCUUUUCCCUCCGGAGCUCCUCCUCCUCUUCCUCCGAAGAACGUUCCACCAACGCCUCCCGAACGACCCUCCAGUUCUGUCGGGUCCUCAGGUUACUACAGCGUGGUGCCAAGCGUAAGGGCUGACAGCUCUGCGUACUCGGACAUCUUGCUGUCAGAGGCUCAAGUGGCGUCUCCCAUCCCUGACCUGGACAACGUCUUUGGUCCCCCCGACACCCCGAAGCCUGUCGAGGACACAUUUCAGUCAGGCUGGGCCAGCUUCGCCGGGGGUUCCCCCACCCGACCCCCACCUCCCGACGAGCCAGCGCCUCCGCCUCCUUUCUUCUCCCCGCCCCCCGACUCCCCUCCCCGUCCGGUAUACGCCUCCUUCCCACCUCCAGACUCCCCUUCCCGUCCGGUAUACACCUCCAUCCCUCCUCCAGACUCCCCUCCUCGUCCGGUAUACACCUCCUUCCCUCCUCCCGACUCCCCUCCCUCCCUCCACGCCUCCUUCCCACCCCCCGACUCCCCUCCCCGUCCGGGCUACGCCUCCUUCCCACCCCCUGACUCCCCUCCCCGUCCGGGCUACGCCUCCUUCCCACCCCCCGACUCCCCUCUCUCUCCGGUCCGCGCCUCCAUCCCUCCUCCAGACUCGCCCCCUCCAUCUCCUCCGUGCGUCUCCCCUGCCCCAGACUCGGCCCCCAGCAGCCCUCUGGGCCCCCCUCCUGAGGCCCCGGCUCCUCCGCUGCCCGCCGCCUUCAUCCAGGAGGAGUCUUCCCCUGAUUUUCCACCACCACUCCCUCAACAGCAGGAGGAGGAGGAGGAGGAGGAAGAUGAUGACGAGGUGGAGGAGGAGGUGAAGGAGCUCUCAAUGGGCUUCUCCUCGCCAUGCCUGCUUCCUCCUCUACCCGCGGAGCGCUCCCCCCUGGCGGGGGCCCCCCUGCCCCUGCUCCUCCGGCGGACCCCGGAGCCAGUGUUGGGCUUCCUGAGGGAGGCGGGGCCUGUGUUCAUCGCUUCGCCCAGAGAGUUUAGCCCAGGACUACGGGGAACCCCGCCCCCUCUGCCGCCACUCACCUACAGGAGCGUGGUGUCCUCUCCAGCACCAGGGAGCAGGCCCUCCUCUCCAGCCCGCCCUGGCACCCCCCAGUCUGGCAGCCCCGUCCCCCCCCUCCCACCACGGCCUUCAUCACGACCCAAACUACAGCCUGGGAAGACCAGCGUCGGUGACCUGUCCCGGUCGUUCAGUCCUCCGGUGCACUCCUGGAGCCCCCCGCCCUUCGCCCCGCUGGCCCGAGCCGAGAGCACCUCCUCCAUCUCCUCCGUCACCUCUCUGAGCGCCGCCUCCACCCCCACCCUCUGCCUGCCUGUCUCCACAUGCUCUAGAGGGCCCAGUCCCCUCACCAUGGGCCCCCAGGAUACCCUGCCUGUGGCUGCUGCCUUCACAGAGACCGUCAGCGCUUACUUCAAAGGAGCUGACCCGAGCAAGUGUGUGGUGAAGAUCAGUGGGGAGAUGGUGCUCUCCUUCCCCGCUGGAAUCACCCGUCACUUCGCCUCGCAUCCGUCUCCACCUGUGCUCACCUUCAGCAUCACACACUACACCCGCCUGGAGCAGGUCCUGCCCAACCCUCAGCUGCUCUGCUGUGACACAACGGAACCCAGUGCCGACACAAAGGAAUUCUGGGUGAACAUGCCGAACCUGAUGAGCCACUUAAGGAAAGUGGCCGAUCAGAGACCUCAAGCAACAUACUAUAAUGUGGACAUGCUCAAAUACCAGGUGGCAGCAGAGGGCAUCCAGUCCACCCCACUUAACCUGGCAGUUAGCUGGCGGGGUGAUGCCACCAGCACCGACCUCAGGAUAGACUACAAGUACAACAUGGAGGCUAUGCCUGUUCCUGUGCCCCUUACGAACAUCCACUUCAUGGUGCCUGUGGACGGUGGCGUUGCCAAACUCCAAGCCAUGCUUCCACCUGCUACUUGGAAUCCAGAACAGCAGGAAAUGCUUUGGAAGAUUCCGGAACUUUCUCAGAAAUCUGAAAAUGGAGGAGUGGGUGCUCUGCUGGGCCGCUUCGCACUGACGAAGGGCCCCAGUAAACCCUCCAGGCUGGUGGUGCAGUUCUCCAGUGAGGGAGCCACGCUCUCAGGUUCCAACUUCCAGCUAGCAGGAACCGGGUAUCGGCUGUCCCUUGUCAAAAAAAGAUUCUGUGCAGGGAAAUAUCUGGCUGAUAAUUAAUGCUGCUGAAAAUAUUACCAUAUCUACAAUGGCUUUAGACUGCUCUGCUCUGCUCUGCGGAAGGAGGGAGAGCCGUCUUUCAUUCACGCCACGAACUGAGAAAGAAAUGAGAAGAACAUUUUUAACUGAAAAAGUCAUUUGAGAUCCUUUAUCUUAACAAAGUAAUGACUGAUCUGUGUUUAGAGAAUAAUUUGUGUGUGUGUGUGUGUGUG